AUGAGAGGUGACUCUUUCUAUUUUGUCAAUUUCCUGUAUCUUUUUGCUUGCAGAUAUAUCAGAUGCAUGGGGCCAGAAAACCAAACAAGUGUGUCAGAAUUCUUCCUCCUGGGACUUUCUGAGAAGCCAGAGCAGCAACUGCCCCUCUUCGGGCUCUUCCUCAGCAUAUACAUGGUCACUGUGGUUGGGAACCUUCUCAUCAUGCUGGCCGUUGGCUCUGACUCCCAUCUUCACACUCCCAUGUACUUCUUUCUCUCCAAUUUGUCCCUGGUAGAUAUCUGUCUAGUGACUACUUUGGUCCCCCAGAUGCUAGUGAACCUACAAACACAUACUAAGGUUAUCUCACAUGCUGGAUGCUUUACUCAGAUGUACUUCUUCAUAAUUUUUGCUUGUUUAGACACCUUACUCCUUACUGUGAUGGCCUAUGACCGUUUUGUGGCUAUCUGUCAUCCUCUGCAUUAUGUCACCAUAAUGAAUCCACGGAUUUGUGGCCUCAUGGUUCUAAUGGCAUGGACUAUUAGUCUUCUAAUCUCCAUUCUCCGAAUUCUAAUGGUGAUGCAGCUGUCCUUCUGUACAAAACGUGAAAUUUCCCACUUUUUCUGUGAACUUGGUGAAGUUAUAAAACUCUCCUGUUCUGAUACCCUUAUCAAUGACAUUUUAGGAUAUGUUGUAACUUGUCUGCUAGGUGUUCUCCCCUUCACAGGGAUCCUUUUCUCUUAUAGUCAAAUUUGUUCCUCAAUAUUGAAAAUACCAUCAUCCAAGGGAAAAUAUAAAGUCUUUUCUACCUGUGGGUCUCACCUCUCUGUUGUUUCAUUAUUCUAUGGCACUGGACUUGGAGUGUAUUUGAGUUCCUCAGUUGUUCACUCCUCUUGGAAGAUCUCAAUUGCCUCAUUGAUGUAUUCUGUUGUCACCCCCAUGCUGAACCCCUUCAUUUACAGUCUAAGGAAUAAGGACAUAAAGGAAUCCCUGAGGAAGUUCAUUGACAGAACAGCUGCUUCUCAGUGA